AUGUCUCCUCCUCCUGGUAUUCAGCGACAGGGGGAGAACCUUGUGUGUCACCUUCACAAGUCGUUAUACGGACUGAAACAAGCCUCUCGUCAAUGGUUUUCUAAGUUCACAGAGACCAUUCUUGCUGCUGGUUUUUCUCAGUCCAAAGUCAACUAUUCUUUAUUUGUCCGCAAGAAUGGUACAUCUCUCACUGUCUUGUUGAUCUAUGUGGACGAUAUUCUGAUCACAGAGAACAAUAUGGAGUCUAUUAAUGCCAUGAAGCAGUUUCUUCAUACUCGUUUUCGUAUCAAGGACCUUGGUGAUCUUAAAUUUUUCCUAGGCAUUGAAAUAGCUCAUUCCAAGAAAGGGAUUUACAUAUCUCAACGUAAAUAUGCCUUGGAGAUUAUCAAAGAUAGUGGCUACUUGGGUGCUAAGCUGAUUGAGUUCCCUAUGGAGGAAUCCAAGCUUUCAAAUAAAGGAGAACCACUCAAAGAUCCUGUUGCAUACAUGCGUUUAGUUGGUCGACUUAUAUUUCUUACAAUUACCAGACAUGACAUCACAUACUCUGUUCAUAUUCUUAGUAGAUUCAUGCAUGAGCCACGUCAACCUCACAUGGCUGCUGCACUUCGAGUUGUCAGAUAUUUGACAUCUUCUCCUGGCCAAGGUUUGCUUUUACGUUCUAAUAAUAAUCUGAACUUAAGAGCAUUUUGUGAUUCUGAUUGGGUGGGUUGUCCUAUCACUCGUCGAUCUACUAUUGGCUAUUGUGUGUUCUUGGGAGAUUCUCUUAUCUCAUGGCGUACCAAGAGACAAAAGACAGUAUCAUUAUCAAGCACAGAAGCUGAAUAUAGAGCUAUGGCAGGUACAUGUUGUGAGCUUACUUGGUUGCGAUACUUAUUGGCUGAUUUACAUAUGCCUAUUUCAAGUCCUGCUAUUUUACAUUGUGAUAAUCAAGCAACCUUACAUAUUGCUGCGAAUCCUUUAUUUCAUGAAAGAACACCACAUAUUGAAAUGGAUUGCCAUUUCAUUCGGGAUAAAAUUUUACAAGGUGAAGUUGUCACUCGACAUGUGAUUUCUUCACAGCAAUUGGCAGAUGUGUUCACUAAGGCUUCGAGGAAAGAGAAGUUUAAAUCGCUCAUGUGCAAGUUGGAAAGUAUAUCUUGA